AUGGAGAAUGAUAGAGGCUCAAAGGGGAAGAAUCCUAAGCACAAGCAAGGGCCCAAGUUGGGAACGAAAGGUGGAAUUGCAAAGAAGCCAAAGUUCCAAGGGAAGUGCUUUAACUGUGGCAAGAUGGGACAUAAAUCAUCUGAGUGCAAAUUGCGCAAGAAGAAAGGCAAUGAGACCUAUAUGGUGGACGCGAUAUCCCAAGAGGUCGCUGAAUUAGACUUAUGUGCCGUGGUCUCUGAAGUCAACCUGGUGGAUGCGAAUCCAAAGGAAUGGUGGCUCGACACUGGAGCUACUCUUCAUAUAUGUGCAAACAAGUCAGCAUUCUCUGAUUUGACUACACUGGAAAAUGGAGAGAAGCUCUACAUGGGCAACUCGGCAACCUCUGAGAUAAAAGGGGAAGGAACUGUGUUCUUGAAGAUGACGUCUGGAAAGAAUGUCAAGCUGCAAUUGUAA